AUGAAGGUAUGUAUAAUUGGAGGAGGACCUGCAGGAUUGUACACAGCCGCUUCUUUGGUGCCAAGAAACAUCGAUGUCACUCUGCAUGAGAAGGAGCCCGAGGUAGGAGGAUUGUACAGAUAUUCAUUACUUCCUCCAUCAAGGAUGUCACCAUUUUCCAAGCUAUUUAAAUGCAAGAACUUUUCUUUGAAGCUGAAUUCUGAGGUCGAUAUUGAGAGACUAAGGGGAAUGGAGAAGGAGUUCGAUGCCUUUGUUAUUGCUACUGGGUCACCUGGGUCAAGAAGACUAAGCAUCCCUGGGAGAGAGUAUUGUAUCAACGGUCUUGAUAUAGCAAGAUCAUGGGGUGGAGAACAACCGGGAUAUAGUAUAGGAAAUAAGGUUCUGAUCAUUGGUAUGGGAGAUGUGUCCAUGGAUAUCGUAAGGUUUCUUUUUGGGUGGAGUGGGGCCCAAUUCAAGUUUCCAAAGAAUACUUUAGAAAGAGUAAAGAAGGUAGAAGACGUAACCAUUACAUCCAGAAGAGAUGCCUACAGUAGUGCAUUCACAAACACCGGGCUUAGAAAAGUACUUGAAAUCCCAGGACUUGGGUUUUGGUGGUCUGAGGGAAAAGAUAUGUCUCAAGAGGAGAGAUCCCGAUCAGAGAAUCUCAAGAAAGUAUACAACCAAGGGGGAGAAGAUGAAACAAAGGAUAAACACAAGGGAUGGUGGAGUAGAAGACUAGGGUUGCUUGGAGGUAUCAAAGAAGGUGUUAGGAAGCUUAGGCUAAUGUUCAAUUACUGA